AAUUUGUUUUGGUCAGUAAUUUGUUUUUAGUAUGUGCUUAAAUUUAAAUUAUUAAAAUAAUCUGGGUAGGUAAUAAAAAGUCUACUACCUCACUGACUGACACAGGACUUGGGUCAAAUGAUAUGGAAAAUACUGGGCAUACGCCAAGCUUUUAGUUUACUUAGUUUGUCUAAAACAAUUUCGGUCAUGCCGUUUUAUGCCGUGGCGAAGGGCCGAGUGGCUGGAAUAUAUAUGACUUGGCCUGACUGUGAGGCGCAGGUGAAAGGCUUUCCUGGAGCAAGGUACAAAAAGUUUAACAGUGUGGUUGAAGCUGAAGAUUUCAUUACCACCAACAGCGGUACUGUAGCGCAAAAUAAUACCAAGCCAAGUAGUGCUGCGGUGAAAAACAGUAAUCCAAGCUUAAAAAGGUCGUAUUCUACAGCUGCAAACAAUAAAAACAACGAUAACACUCAAAAGAAAACAGUUAAAAAGUCACGCAAAAGUGACACCAAAAACAAUGAGUGGUCCGACUCGGAGGAUUCGGAGGAUUUAACUACAAUAAUCACAAAGCAGAUGGACGACAUAGAAAAGAGAUUGACUGGUUUUCAAAAGGGAGUGGACAAAAUAUAUAAACAGAGUGCCAAGAAUAAGAAAACCAUACUGUUACAGGACUAUUCAAGUUCAAAUUCAUUUCAAACAGACCACAAUGGGUAUGUUCAGGUUUAUACAGAUGGGGCGUGUUCGUCCAACGGUCGGAAUGGGGCUAGAGCUGGUCUCGGAGUGUACUGGGGUGAAGGGCAUCCACUAAACUUGAGUGCUCCAGUUUCCGGCCGAGCCACAAACAAUUGUGGUGAGAUACAAGCAGCCACAAAGGCUAUAAGGACUGCGCUCGAUAAUGGAGUCACCAAGCUGUCCAUAAACACAGAUUCUAAAUUUUUAAUCAAUUCAGUAACAAAAUGGAUGACAGGUUGGAAAAGAAAUGGUUGGAAGUUAAAAUCAGGGGAGCCUGUUAAAAAUGAAGUAGAUUUUAAAGAAUUAGAUAGCUUACAAAAUAAGUUGCAGAUUAAGUGGAACUAUGUAGAAGCCCAUCAGGGCAUACACGGCAAUGAAAUGGCAGACCAACUGGCAAAGGCUGGUGCUGCCAUGUACAAUCUAUGAGUGUUGCCUGCAAAUCUUAUGUUAUCAAGAGAAAAUUGUUAAAAUUACCUAAAAGCAAAUUA